GACCACUUCACCUCCCCGGAUGAAUACGACGACCUGGCGGUGCUGUACGAUGCCAUCAAGUCCAACAAGGAGAAAAUGGUGAUUUCCCACGAGGGGGACCCCGCUUGGCGUAGCGCCAUCCUCACCAACACGCCCGCCCUGCUGGCCCUUCGCCACGUGAUGGACGACGCCAGCGACGAGUAUAAGAUCAUCAUGCUCAACAAGAGAUACCUGGGCUUUCGGGUCAUCAAGGUGAACAGGGAAUGUGUGCGAGGCUUGUGGGCCGGGCAGCAGCAGGAGCUGGUGUUCCUCCGGAACCGGAACCCGGAACGGGGCAGCAUCCAGAACGCCAAGCAGGCGCUGCGCAACAUGAUCAACUCCUCCUGUGACCAGCCCAUCGGCUACCCCAUCUACGUCUCCCCGCUAACCACGUCCUACGCCGGCAGCCACCCCCAGCUGCGCUCGCUCUGGGGCGGCCCCAUCAGCCUGCACAACAUCUCCGCCUGGUUCAUUCGGAGCUGGGAGAGGUUGCAGAAAGGCUGCGGAGCCGGCUGCAACAGCGGAGGCAACAUUGAGGAUUCAGACUGUGGUGGGGGAUCAUCUCUCGGCAAUAACCCCGCCGGGCACAGCGGGCAGGGCCCCGGGAGCACGGCUCACAACCCCGGGCCACCGCCGGCGAACCCCACCGAGACGGGGGCCACGGCUGCCCAACCUCAGGCAGAAUCCGAUCCCGGCCUUCCUCCUCCAAACCAGAGCUGGCCGGUCCAGCCCCAGCUAAGCCAGACCGAUGGACGUGCCCCGCCGACCCCCGCCGCCUCGUGGCCUCCGGGCCCCCAUUUCCUGGGAAGCCAGCUUUCCUGCGCCAGCUCCUUGGCUUCCGUGGCCGAGGGCUCAGGACGUACCCCUCUGCCCCUCCACCCCAGCCUCGGGACCCUCUCCCCUUUCGUCUACGAGGGUCUCUGCAGCAAGUGGAGCCUGCCAGCCCGCAAAGGACUGAACGGAUUAGGGGGCAGCGAGAGCGAAUUCCCGCCUGGCACUCCGCCUCCCCACACAACGGACAGCUCUUCUUUAGCGUCUAACGCGGCUGCUGCUGCCUUGGGGACACUCAGCCUUGGAGGGAGCCCUAAGCCUCAGGCUCCUGUCCCAGGACCCGUCCCCGAGGCCGCCACCAGCACCCCCAGCCCGCUGCCUCUGGAGCCCCUGUCCUCCGCCGCCGCUCAAGAAGAGACUUUGUUCCCGGAGCCUGAGCCCCUGGUGGCCGAAUGGGGCCGGCAACGAGAAGACGAAGACAGUCCGGCGGCCGGCCAGCCCCUCCUGGAUCAUCAAUAUUGAAUUAGAAGUUGGGGAGGGGGGGGGAGGCACCCACUCAGAACUAUGGGCUGGUCCCAUUUGGACUCUUCCUGGUUCCUCCGCUGGUCACCCGUCCCUCCCCAACUCUUCCGUUCCUUCACACAAACCAACCUGGACCGGGUUUUUUGGGGGGGGGGUGGAGUGGGGGGCUUGGUCUGCAAGACUAAGGACAAGCAAUACAGGCUGUUCCAGCCUUGCCUGCAAUUUCUUCCAUUUGCACCUCCCUCCUUCUUCCACCAUCUGGCCCCCACCCCUCAAAAAAAAUACCUUCCACUUGCCUGCAGGGGCAGGCUCACCCCACAAUUCACAAGGACCCGCCUUGCUCCCGCUUGGCUCUCACCGGGUGAUGAGUUCAAGGCCGGUCUCGUCCCCCACCCUCUCUUUAUUUUUAUUUUUUUCUUCUCCUCCUCCUCCUCCCUCUGCUCUUGUUGUCCC